AUGCCGGUGGAUGAGGUUACCUUCCCCGCUGAGCGUCUCGUGAUCUCGCAGGUCGCGGCGCCCACCAACGCACUCGCAAAGGCCAUCAAGUGGAAGCCCCUUGAUGGUAGCUAUGAGAUGAGCCUCUCGACCGCAGCCAACAAGCUGAGGCUGCAGUUGAACAAGGGCGGAAAGCCGGUCAUCACCGCCGUCUUUCACAAGCUUACGCCUCUCCAGAAGAAGGCCUCUCAUGCGCCGCGGCUUCAGCAUGCCACUAACAGGAUGUCCUUCCGCUACCCCUCGUCCCCGCAUAUGGACAACGGCCUGUCUGAGAGGUUCCAGAUCAGUCUUCAGUCAUUCUCGUCCGUCCAAGAUGCCGUACGACUCCUCGGUCCCUUCUUCUGCGUCAUGCCAUCUUCUUCGGCGUCGCAGUCGCAAUCGCAAUCCCAGUCACAGUCGCAAAGCAGCAACCCUACUCCGGCGGUCGAGACAAAGAAGAAGCGCAAGCUCCCGGAAGAGACGCCCUCCAGCGCGAAGAAGGCGAAGGAGACCGCUCCGGACGAUUCUCCCACCGAGCCUAGCGGUCCCAUCAAUGAGUCAGCUUCAUCAAGCGACAAGGUACAGGGCGGAACCCUUCAACCUCAGCUUUCGGUCCUUCCUCAAACGCCCGUUCUACCGAUGCCCGACCCACCAGCUGCAUUGAAGAGCGAAUCUCAGCGCAGCGGAGCGACCGAAACACUUCAAGACACACAAUCCGCGGAUCCGCAUCCUCGACCGGAAACUUUUUCUAUCGAUCAAGUGAGAGUCGAUCUUCUUCCUCGCAGUCCUCUCGUCGACAUUGCGACUCCUCCUCCCUUGCCGGUCGGUGCUUCAACUUUGUCCCUCGAGCGCGGUACUCUCAUGGACAUCUGCGACCUCGCUUUCGGUAGCGGCUUCGAGGAGAUUGAGGCAUUGAACAUGCAGUACCAGCCGAUGAUGACGGACAUUGAGGAGAGGAUCGAGGCGGCGAGGAUUCAAGCGGAUGAGGAGGAGUUUGGGGAUGGAGGAGAUGUUUCGGCCGAGCUCCAGGCGAUCUGGGACGGUGCCCCAGCGCACGGCGGGCUGGGGCAUCUCACGGGGGCGACCGAUCAGGAGCUACUGGAUUGGAUGGAGAGUGGGGAGCUGGAUGAGGACACUAUCCGCCUCUGCCAUCGCAUAGUCGCUGUCGACCAUUACCGCCACCAGCGCCAACAGCCCUACCCGUCACCUCCUUACGAAGGCACUGCGCCUUAUUAUCAAGCAUACCAGCACCUUCAAGCCCCCGGCCCGAGUAAUGCCAGCUACGGUCACGACCCCGUCCGCACCGCUCAUCAAUACGACUCGUCCCUCACCCACUUGCACCCGGCCGCAUCACAGCAAUUCUACGACCCUCAUCAAGACGGCCAACACUACUACGCUCAGGAAGACAUCGACGAUAUCGACGACUGA